CGCAUUUCUGGGUGGCACGAGAAAAUUGAAAAACUCUCAAAUGAUAAUGAAAAUCUAGUAUAUCGAUUUGCCUAUUUUUAGUACUCAAAGUAGAUCCGAGCGAUGCGCUUUGAGUGCAGUUGCUAGGUGCAUUUUUAAAAUAACGUCGUAUUUUCCUCGGAUAUUCAUUAACUAAACUGUUAAUUUUAUAAAGAAAAACGAAUUUUCAGUGUCCGGCGUUUGAUUAAAAGUGAAAAUCCAAUAUGGCCGACGCUUGUCCUACAAUCCAAAAUCGUGGACUUCUCGCGAGUUAUUGAAACCGAAGUGAAUGAUUUUUUAUUAAUAUUCAGGAUUUAAAUGCCUUGAAGAAGAUCGGGAUUCCUCUAGCAGGGACGAUAUGAGAGAGGAAAUGAUGGAAGAAGCCGCGGUUUCUUCCGCCGGCGAAUUCGAUUUAACAAAUAUAUGCGAAGAAGAAUUCGAACUUCACACUACUUAUAUUGUUCCCGAUCUUCCCGUGGAUUCUGGGACGCCGAAUAGGGCGGAAGCCACCCUUCCGAGAAAUCUUGUACUCAAAUCUUCACAAGUAGUCGCUAAUGCUCAAGGAGUAUGGAGUACAGGUUAUAUACCACGAGGCACGAGAUUCGGGCCUCUAGUUGGGGAAAUUUAUGCCAAAGAUUCUGUACCUAGUUCCACCAAUAGAAAUUACCUUUGGAGGGUACAAGUAGGUGAAGGGUUCUAUAGAAACGGAAACCGGGAUCAUAAGCUUUACAAAGAUAACGAGUUGUACUACUACAUUGACGGCUACGACACAUCCAAAGCUAAUUGGAUGAGGUACGUGAAUCCGGCGUAUUCGGGGGAAUCCCAAAACCUCAUAGCUUGUCAAUACAAAAUGAACAUCUACUUCUACACGAUAAAACCGAUCCUACCCAACCAGGAAUUGUUGGUGUGGUAUUGCAAAGAAUUUGCCGAGAGACUGAAUUACCCUUUAACCGGAGAACAAAUGCUGAGGAGACUAAGACAACAAGCUCAACAAGCUUCGGAAAUCACCGUAAGUACAACAGAACCUCCGACGUCGUCGAAAGACCCUCCGUACGAACACCAACUGACCCCGACGGAAGGUAGCAUCAGAUCCGACGAAGGAUACCACAGUAACGAAUACCACGACGACGCUUUCACGCCGCCGGAAGAUUCCAGCGAUUCCGAUAGCGAAAACAACUACGUUUUAGAUUUCAGCAAGAAAACCCCCAAAGAAACGACAGUUAUAAAGCCGGUGAUGCAGGAAAAUCAGAAAAACGAAUACAGAAAAGUGAAAAUAAAAAUAACUAAAGCUUAUCAUUACAAAUCGGUUAAAUGUGAAAGUGAACCCGACGUCGAUAAAGAGACGAACGCGGACGCUGCAGUACCUGAAGUAACUACGCUAACGCCGAGAAUAAUCAGUCCUCCGACGACUGUAAUCGUAAUGGAUUCCCCGCCCCAAGAAGUUCCUAACAAACCUUAUUACGAAACGGAAGUCAAGACCGCUAACGUCAUCUCCAGAUACAGCCCGCCGUCGUCUAGUAUCUUGGAAAAUAUUCUGUUGAGGAAUAGGAUAGAUACCAAUAAUAAUGAUAAUAAUCACCACAGACAGAGUAACGCUACACCGCCUCCUAGUUCCCCUACGGAGAUGGCGUAUUCGUAUAAAAAGAGCCACAGAUAUUCAACGAUACCUUGUAGUCCAGAUUCCAGUUCGAAUAUCCAAGCACCAAACGCAUUGCCACCUAGUCCAACAGCCCUGAAGGCAGAAGUACAAAAUAACCCAUACGCUACUCAUCAAUCAGAAAAUUAUUCCAUGCAACCGAGCAGCUAUUACACCGUAUACCCUUCCUCCAACGGUAUCGUCCACAGUACCAUCACAUCUUCCCCAACACAUCAUACGUAUUCUCCACCUUUAUCCACAAACUUCAACAACAAUCAUCACAGUUCCAUAGCUCCAUCCGGACACAUCGUCAAUUCGAAUUUAACUCACCAUUUAUUAACGCCCCUACCCGCUCUCCAAAUCAACGGAAGAGGUUCUCCUAGUUCCAAAAGCCCCGAUAUGAAAUACGAUCUGAAUCUAUGUUCUAGCAGUCCUACUAGCCCCAACGGGGGACCUUCCAGGGGCUACAGAAGCCUACCGUACCCCUUGAAAAAGAAAGACGGUAAAAUGCAUUACGAAUGCAACGUCUGUUGCAAAACCUUCGGUCAGUUAUCGAAUUUGAAAGUACAUCUUCGAACCCACAGCGGAGAACGACCUUUCAAAUGCAACGUCUGCACCAAAUCCUUCACCCAACUGGCGCAUCUUCAAAAACACCAUCUGGUUCAUACAGGGGAACGUCCCCACGAAUGCGGCAUAUGUAAAAAAAGAUUCUCGUCGACUUCGAAUUUGAAAACUCACCUCCGACUACACAGCGGACAAAAACCGUACGCUUGCGAUUUCUGUCCGGCGAAAUUCACGCAAUUCGUGCACUUGAAGCUCCACAAGAGACUCCACACUAACGAGAGACCCUACAUCUGCCAGGAAUGCGGGAAGAACUACAUCAGCGCGUCUGGAUUGAGGACUCAUUGGAAAACCACGAGCUGCAGACCGAAUAACAUCGACGAAGAAUUAACCGCCGACGGAUCUUCGAAUGGUUACUACGAAUUUUCUGGAACAGAUAACGGUCUAGGUCCCAUAGAAUUGAAGGAUAAUUCCGACGAUCCCAAGGAUACGUUCGAAAUCCAUUCGCAACCUCACGUUAACCAUCCGGUGCUACAUCCGGGUCUAUCGAGGCCGCUUCCGUCUCUUAUUCAAAACGGUAAUCACCAGAGACCGUCGCAAAAUUCGAUUAUUACCGGAAAGGAAACCAGACCGAGUGUUAUCGAAUCUUCUCAGCCCCACAUCAUUGAAUGUACCUAAAUUAUUUACGCUCAUCUAGUUUGUAAUUUCUGUUAAGUUUUUUAAUGUUUAUUUAUUAUUAAUGUUAUUUGUGAUGCUAAGUUCCGAAAGAUUUUACGUUUCGUAUGUUGCUGCAGACUCGGUUUCUUCUUAAGAAACAAAAAUGAUCUCGAAGUACGACUAACGCAACUUUCCUUCUAUUCUUCCUUUCUUUAACCAAAGUCUUAUAGACAAUCGCCCACCGAUACCUUCCGUCCUGAAUAUAACGCCUCCGACGUCGAACCACCAGAUGGAUAAUUUCCGCCUCGACCACUGAAACCGCGGUCGUCCUCUAACUCGCCGUCCUCCAUGACUCUGCGCGGGUAUCGAUCAAAAACCUUCUUCUCCACGUGUCCCAGCUAUCUCCCGGAAUGAACACCACCAAAUCUGUCACAACUCAACGUUCCUCCGGAUCUUCCAUGUCUCGUAUCAAUACGUAACUCCAGGAUAGAUAAAUUAUGAGGUUUGACCUUCUUAGAAGCUCUUUGGAGUGUCCAGAAGCAUCUCAGUGCUCCUCCGGAUCUUCCACGCACCGUUAUCGCCAACUGGGUCAAAAAUCUUCCAUAGAAUCUUAAAUUCCCAGCAGUUCAAAAUCUAUUAACUUAUCGUCGUCAUAGUCCAUGUCUCGUAUCAAUACGUAACUCCAGGAUGGAUAAAUUAUGAGGUUUGACCUUCUUAGAAGCUCUUUGGAGUGUCCAGAAGCAUCUCAGUGCUCCUCCGGAUCUUCCACGCACCAUUAUCGCCAACUGGGUCAAAAAUCUUCCAUAGAAUCUUAAAUUCCCAGCAGUUCAAAAUCUAUUAACUUAUCGUCGUCAUAGUCCAUGUCUCGUAUCAAUACGUAACUCCAGGAUGGAUAAAUUAUGAGGUUUGACCUUCUUAGAAGCUCUUUGGAGUGUCCAGAAGCAUCUCAGUGCUCCUCCGGAUCUUCCACGCACCGUUAUCGCCAACUGGGUCAAAAAUCUUCCAUAGAAUCUUAAAUUCCCAGCAGUUCAAAAUCUAUUAACUUAUCGUCGUCAUAGUCCAUGUCUCGUAUCAAUACGUAACUCCAGGAUGGAUAAAUUAUGAGGUUUGACCUUCUUAGAAGCUCUUUGGAGUGUCCAGAAGCAUCUCAGUGCUCCUCCGGAUCUUCCACGCACCAUUAUCGCCAACUGGGUCAAAAAUCUUCCAUAGAAUCUUAAAUUCCCAGCAGUUCAAAAUCUAUUAACUUAUCGUCGUCAUAGUCCAUGUCUCGUAUCAAUACGUAACUCCAGGAUGGAUAAAUUAUGAGGUUUGACCUUCUUAGAAGCUCUUUGGAGUGUCCAGAAGCAUCUCAGUGCUCCUCCGGAUCUUCCACGCACCAUUAUCGCCAACUGGGUCAAAAAUCUUCCAUAGAAUCUUAAAUUCCCAGCAGUUCAAAAUCCAUUAACUUAUCGUCGUCAUAGUCCACGUCUCGUAUCAAUACGUAACUCCAGGAUGGAUAAAUUAUGAGGUUUGACCUUCUUGGAAGCUCUCUGGAAUGCAUAGAAGCAUCUCAGUGCUCCUCCGGAUCUUCCACUCACCAUUAUCGCCAACUGGGUCAAAAAUCUUCCAUAGAAUCUUAAAUUCCCAGCAGUUCAAAAUCCAUUAACUUAUCGUCGUCAUAGUCCAUGUCUCGUAUCAAUACGUAACUCCAGGAUGGAUAAAUUAUGAGGUUUGACCUUCUUAGAAGCUCUUUGGAGUGUCCAGAAGCAUCUCAGUGCUCCUCCGGAUCUUCCACGCACCAUUAUCGCCAACUGGGUCAAAAAUCUUCCAUAGAAUCUUAAAUUCCCAGCAGUUCAAAAUCCAUUAACUUAUCGUCGUCAUAGUCCACGUCUCGUAUCAAUACGUAACUCCAGGAUGGAUAAAUUAUGAGGUUUGAUCUUCUUAGAAGCUCUUUGGAGUGUCCAGAAGCAUCUCAGUGCUCCUCCGGAUCUUCCACGCACCAUUAUCGCCAACUGGGUCAAAAAUCUUCCAUAGAAUCUUAAAUUCCCAGCAGUUCAAAAUCCAUUAACUUAUCGUCGUCAUAGUCCAUGUCUCGUAUCAAUACGUAACUCCAGGAUGGAUAAAUUAUGAGGUUUGACCUUCUUGGAAGCUCUCUGGAAUGCAUAGAAGCAUCUCAGUGCUCCUCCGGAUCUUCCACGCACCAUUAUCGCCAACUGGGUCAAAAAUCUUCCAUAGAAUCUUAAAUUCCCAGCAGUUCAAAAUCCAUUAACUUAUCGUCGUCAUAGUCCACGUCUCGUAUCAAUACGUAACUCCAGGAUGGAUAAAUUAUGAGGUUUGAUCUUCUUAGAAGCUCUUUGGAGUGUCCAGAAGCAUCUCAGUGCUCCUCCGGAUCUUCCACGCACCAUUAUCGCCAACUGGGUCAAAAAUCUUCCAUAGAAUCUUAAAUUCCCAGCAGUUCAAAAUCCAUUAACUUAUCGUCGUCAUAGUCCAUGUCUCGUAUCAAUACGUAACUCCAGGAUGGAUAAAUUAUGAGGUUUGACCUUCUUGGAAGCUCUCUGGAAUGCAUAGAAGCAUCUCAGUGCUCCUCCGGAUCUUCCACGGCACCAGAUUCUUGAAUGGACGCCAACUCCACCAGGUCCUCAUACAGUUAGGCCUGGGGGAAGUCAAUGAAGAAGUGGCGAUGACCGAUAUUGGUGGGGUUCGUGGAUCUUCUGCAGAUCAUUUUUCUUUCACGUUUUUCAUUCGAUUUUGUAUCAACAUUGAUGGGUUUUACUAUUUGGAACGUAGUAUAGUACUGAUAAAAAAAUUCUUUGUAAGAAAUUGAUUUUUUUCUGAAGAUACUCAUUAAUACUGUUGAGAUAUAAUUUAUUUAGUAGGUAUUUAUUCUUAGUUGUUAAUUCCAAGUAUUUUAUGGAAUUUUUAUCCGAAUUUUGAAUUUAGACUGAUAAUGAAAAAGCAAUAUCCCCUAAUUACGAGAAAUAUCUGUAAGAAUUUAUGGGUUUGGUUCGGAUGGAUGAUGUCGCAUGUUUUAUUUGAUUGAAAUUUUUAUUCUAUUUUCGGUAUAAAUCGUUUUAAUUUUUUUAUUUCCUGAGAAUUAAUUUUAAUUGUUCUUGUUAGAAGUUUCGAAAAUGUUUAAUCUAUAUUCGAAAUUUAACGUUUUUUUCGAAACUACUACAAUUUUUAACUAAUUUAUUCAAUGUUUUAAACCCGUUUUUUCCUAAUUACUCGUUUUUCAAAAUUUUCUAUAAUUUUCCGUGAUAUUAUUAAAUUUUUUUGAAAUUUCAACUUUUUUUCCAAAAAUCUCUACAAUUUUUUCAAAAAAUUAUCAAAAUUUACUUAGAUGAAUUGUUCAUAUUGGUAUUAUCUUGAUCUGAUGAAAGUUUCAAAAUUUUUUUUAUCUAUGUUCAAAAUUUACCAUUUUUUUCGAAAAACUUUUUUAUAAUUUCAAGAAUUUCAACAUCAACCACGAUUUUUAACAAGUUUAUUAAAUUUUUUGAAGGUCUUGUUUUUUUUUCGAUCAAGUCGUAAGACUUUUGGAAUUUUUUUAGAAAUUAUCCAAAAUUUUUUAUAAUUUCCCAUAGUAUUAUCAUGUUUUCUCAAAAUUUCAACUUUUUGUCUAAAAAUCGUUAAAAUUUUUUCAAAAAAUUAUCAAAAUUUACUUAGAUGGAUUUUUUGAAUUGGUAUUAGUACUACUAAUCGCCUUGACCUGGUAAAAGUUUUCAAAUAUUUUUAAUCUAUGUUCAAAAUUUAACGUUCUUCAUGAAAAAUUUUUGUAUAAUUUCAAAAAUAUCAACCUCUACAACAAUUUUCAACAAAUUUAUUCAAUUAUUUGAGGGUCUUUCCUUUUUUUCAAUAAAUCGUGCUGCUUUUUGAAAUUUUUCGAAAAUUUUUCAAAAAUUUUCCAUAAUUUUUUCAAAAUUUUGUGAAAACUUGUUCAAAAUCUAACGUUUUUUCCAAAAACCUUCUCUAUAAUUUGUUUUUUGAAAUUUUUCGAAAAUUUCCCAUAAUUUUCCAAAUUUUCAUUUUUAAAUUUUAUACAUUUUUUUUAAAUUCUAUAAUAAUUUCCAUAUUUUCCAAAUGUUUCCCAAUUUUCAAAAUAUUCAUGAAAUUCUCAUUUUUCCGGAAAAUAAAUCUUUUAUGAGAAUUUCUGGACAUUGUUUUUGAAAUUUUUCAUGUUUUUUAUAAUGUUUUUUCCAUAUUUCAAACUUUUGUUGGAUUUUUUUGGUUUUUUCCAGAAUUUCUUAAAAUUUUUGUAAAAGCUUGUUCAAAAUUCAACGUUUUCUCCAAAAAUUUUCAAUGUCUCAUAAUUUUCGACAAAUUUAUUCAAUUAUUUGAGGGUUUUUCCUUUUUUUCAAUAAAUCGUGCUGCUUUUUGAAAUUUUUCGAAAAUUUUUCAAAAAUUUUCCAUAAUUUUCCAAAUUCCAUACAAAUUCUAUAAUAUUGUUUUUUUCAUAUUUUAAAUUUUCACUGGGUUUUUCCAGUUUUUUCCAAAAUUUUUCAAAAUUUUAUGAAAACUUGUUCAAAAUCUAACGUUUUUUCCAAAAACUUUUUCUAUAAUUUUAAAAAUUUUGUUUUUUUUCCAAUAAAUCAUGAAGUUUUUUGAAAUUUUUCGAAAAUUUCCCAUAAUUUUCCAAAUUUUCAUUUUUAAAUUUUAUACAUUUUUUUUUAAAUUCUAUAAUAAUUUCCAUAUUUUCCAAAUGUUUCCCAAUUUUCAAAAUAUUCAUGAAAUUCUCAUUUUUCCGGAAAAUAUAUCUUUUAUGAGAAUUCCUGGACAUUGUUUUUGAAAUUGUUUUUAUAAUGUUUUUUCCAUAUUUCAAACUUUUUUUGGAUUUUUUUAGUUUUUUCCAAAAUUUCUUCAAAUUUUUGUAAAAGCUUAUUCAAAAUUUCACGUUUUCCCCAAAAAUUUUUAAUCUCUAUCACAAUUUUCGACAAAUUUAUUUAAUUAUCUUUUUUUUCCAAUGUCGUAUAGUUUUUUUGAAAUUUCUCAAAAAUUCCUCAUAAUUUUCCAUAAUAUUCUCAAAUUUUCUAAUUGUUUCCAUUUCUAUUAAAAAAUUCACUACAAUACAUUUUACUAUAAUUUCCAUAUGUUCAGAAUUUUUUGAAAUUUCUUAUGGAAACUCGUUAAAAUUUUCAAAAUAUUCAUGAAAUUUUCAUAUUUCUAGAAACUUUGUUACCUUUAUUGGGAAUUUUUGAACAUUGUUUUGAAAAUUUUCAUAGUUUUUUUCUGUAUUUUAAAGUUGUGUGUCACUUUGACAUUUAUAAUUAUAUUUUGACGCGUCUAAAUGCAUAAUUCAUCACAGUUUUCAAAAUAUUUAUGUGAUUUUAGUAUUUCAAUAUAUUUCGAAAAAGUUUUGAAAUAAUUUAUAUGAUUUUCAUGUUUCCAUAUAUUUCUAAAUAAUUUUAGACGUUUUUUUCGAGUUUUUCAUGAUUUUUGAUGUUUUUUUCACAUUUUACAUGAUUUUUAAUAUUUUAUGAUUUAUCGAUGGUUUUUGAGACAUCCAAUAAUUUAGUAUCGUUGAAAUGCCAUAAUUUCCAAAAAUUUCAUUAAAACUUCAAUAAUUUUCGUCCUCAAAAUUUAAAGAAAAUUCACACAAAUUGAAAAAUAAAAUAAAUGAAAAAUCACGUUUUCCACGAAAUUAUUUUAAUUUAAAUAAUAAUCGAGACCAUGAAUUCCAUAAUUUUCCAUAAUCUUUCUUUAUUGUCUCAAAAAAAUAUAAAAAAACAACAUAAAUGUCAAAAAUUUGGUAUAAUUCAAAUGAUUUAUAUAUUUCUACAUAUUUUUUAAUUUUUUAUUUCUCAGAACCCAAAUUUGAAGAUUUUUAAGCAUUUUUUGGAAAAAAAACUUCAAAUACAAAUAAAAAUUUACGAAAAUUAAAAAAAUAUUUCCAUAUUUGUUACAGAACAUCGAAUUUUUUUAUAUUUUUACACUUUUUUCAAAAUUUCCCACUCUAUGUUUUAGAUAUUAAAAAAAUAAUUGCAUUUUCUUUAAAUAUAAAUUUCAUUAUCCACCUCAAAAUAAUAAUUAUUUCAAUUAUCUCAAACAUACGACAUUCGUUUUUAUAUUCAAAUUUUUAAUUUAAAUUUUCAACUUUGUAAACUGUCAAACUCAAUAUAUCGUAGAUGCAUUGAAGACAUUUGAUAAUAAUCGAACAAUUUGAAAAGUUUUAACGUCUAAAAGACAUUAUUUUUCAUUAAAUUAUUCCUUCAAAUAUCCCCAACAAAAUUUCCUCGAUGCAUCGCGGUCUCCAUAAUUUACUUAUUUAAUUAUAUCCAAAAAAAAAAAUAAACCAAAUACGAAUGCUUCACAAAAUAUAAUCUUGUAAUCAAGUGUGUACGUAUUUUAAUAUUUAAAGGUGCUUGUGACAUUUAUUUUCGUUAAAUGUGACAACUUCAACAUUAUUUGAUAAUCAGUGGUAUAAAAUUCAAAUAGUUUCCUGAAGCAAGUUUCACACGUUACGGCAAAUCGUAACAAAUAUUCCGAACCGCACUCAGCUUUACCUUAAUGUUUACACAUCGUAUUACGUUUAAGAUUAAAAAAAUUACAUACUGAACAUCGUUUUUAGAUAAAAAAAUUAAUAAUAUUACGUAAAACAAAAAAAAAUUAAAGCUACUAUUCUUAUAAUUUUGAAAAACUUCCAAAAUGGCUCUGAAUCACGUAUUACCACUAGUUACAAUCAAUUUUAACGUUUAUUACACUUUUAUAAGAAGACUUUCAUCUUUUUUAUGACUUUUUCAACCGGAAAUGGUUUAAAAGAUGACAAAAAAUCAUAAAUAAAAAAUAAAAUCACCUAUUUGUUAACAAAUAGUUCCUUCAUAAUGAUAUUUCCACGUUCUAUACACCUACGAUUCAUCGUAACGUGUAAACCCGGUUUUAUAUUUCAUAUAUACACUAAUCCGGUUCUCGAAACCACGUGAUUCAAUAUGGCGUCUGUGGGCAAACAAUUAGGAAACGUGCGUCAAGGUUCUAUUUUUAAUUUGGAUGUUUCACACGUUAGAACAAAUCGUAACAAAUGUUUAUACAUCGUAUUACGUUUAAGAUUCGAAAAAUUACAUACUCUACAUCGUUUUUAGAUGAAAAAAUUAAUAAUAUUACGUAAAACAAAAAUAUUAAAGCUACUAUUCUUAUAAUUUUGAAAAACUUCCAAAAUGGCUCUGAAUCACGUGUUACCACUAGUUACAAUCAAUUUUAACGUUUAUUACACUUUUAUAAGAAGACUUUCAUCUUUUUUAUGACUUUUUCAACCGGAAAUGGUUUAAAAGAUGACAAAAAAUUAUAAAUAAAAAAUAAAAUCACCUAUUUGUUAACAAAUAGUUCCUUCAUAAAGAUAUUUCCACGUUCUAUACACCUACGAUUCAUCGUAACGUGUAAACCCGGUUUUAUAUUUCAUAUAUACACUAAUCCGGUUCUCGAAACCACGUGAUUCAAUAUGGCGUCUGUGGGCAAACAAUUAGGAAACGUGCGUCAAGUUUCUGUUUUUAAUUUGGAUGUUUCACACGUUAGAACAAAUCGUAACAAAUGUUUAUACAUCGUAUUACGUUUAAGAUUAAAAAAAUUACAUACUGUACAUCGUUUUUAGAUGAAAAAAUUAAUAAUAUUACGUAAAACAAAAAUAUUAAAGCUACUAUUCUUAUAAUUUUGAAAAACUUCCAAAAUGGCUCUGAAUCACGUGUUACCACUAGUUACAAUCAAUUUUAACGUUUAUUACACUUUUAUAAGAAGACUUUCAUCUUUUUUAUGACUUUUUCAACCGGAAAUGGUUUAAAAGAUGACAAAAAAUUAUAAAUAAAAAAUAAAAUCACCUAUUUGUUAACAAAUAGUUCCUUCAUAAUGAUAUUUCCACGUUCUAUACACCUACGAUUCAUCGUAACGUGUAAACCCGGUUUUAUAUUUCAUAUAUACACUAAUCCGGUUCUCGAAACCACGUGAUUCAAUAUGGCGUCUGUGGGCAAACAAUUAGGAAACGUGCGUCAAGUUUCUGUUUUUAAUUUGGAUGUUUUGGUACAAAAUCGUUCUAGAAAAGCGGAAUAAAUAAUUAAAAUCAUUGAUGAUGGAUAUUAAUUGUAUUUUCUGUUUAUACGAGGGUUGCUACUUAAGUUUGAACAUAGACAAAUUUUCAUAUAUCAACUGAUCUGGCUCGAGAUAAGGGGUAAUAAUGCGUAUUGCAUUCAGAUUUAGUCGUACAAACGAAAAACGAAGUUUUUGAAUUCAGUUUUUGGUUUUGGUUUUGGUUCCCGAUAUAAAACCCACUGAUUAUCAAAGAAAACCACGAGAAAAUCAGCUUGCACUAAGGAAUCAGUAUUAAAAUCAGUUGAGUUGAAUCAUAAAUAUCAAUAUCAUUGAUUAUAUUUUUUGUAAAAACAUAUUUUUGUAUAAUUAGAAUUUGUAUAUACAUAUUUCGUAUCAGUUUUGGUACCUACUGGAAAGACUUUUUUUUUUUAGUUUUCCUGUAUAUUUAUGUAUAUUUAUUUCCGAUAAUUAUCAGGAAAAAUCAAACGACCGACUUGCCCGUGUACAUACAAAUUGAUAAGAUUUAUAUUUUCGGUUGUGGCUAAUGGUACGACAGUCGGAAAAAUAAAAAUAUCUACUGUCUAUUGAACGUUUUUAGAAUUUCUAAUAAUAAUGAUAAAUUCUCAUCUGGUAAUUUAUAUUUUUUAUAUAUUAUUUGACAGAAAUAUAUUAAAGGGUAAUUGUUACAAUGUAGUAUGUACUGUGUACAGUAAUUUCGUUAUUUAAUUACACUUAAGAUAAACAAAAACUUCUUUCGUGUCUAUCAACAUUUCUAUAAAUCUCGAACGUACUGAAGAUGAAAAAGAAGCAGAAGAAUCAGAUAAACACCUACCCAAUCAUAACACGUGCACACAAAAUAAAAAAAAGCCCUAAAAUCAAUUUUAGCUUUCAAUUAUUAGAACUAGAUUAUUAAAUCCCGAUGCCUGUUUUAUAAUACGAAGUUGGUACAAAUAUAAAUCGGAAUUUUGUUAUACAAACCUGAAAUUUAUUCUAUACAGUAUUCCAGUGCUGCCACUUCUCAAAAAGCUCGCUAAUGUACAAGUCCAGUGCGUUCAUUUUGACAACACUAAAUUUUUCGCGCGUUUAUUCAAAAAUCCCGGUUAAUAUUUGAACCAUCUUCGUAUCUUGUUAUCAUGAAGGUCAAUUACCGAAUGAAUGAUAAGAAUCAUCGACAUCGCUUCUUCUUUUGACCACAGAACUAUUUUUGCAAGUCUGGGAACAGAAAAUGAUGAAUCUGGUCAAUAGGGUGCUUGAGAUAGCAAUUCAAAUCUUCUUCUCGUCCAAAUGCGGCUAUUUUUGUUGAUUGUUUGCAUCAAUGGAAAACGUUCAUCAUUGACGGCUGUCAAACAAAUUCUAAACAACAUGGCGUCUUAAAAGAUAAUUUACAAGCACCAGCCGCCAUCUCUAGUUCAAAUCAGGAACUUAUGAGACCAUUCUCGUAAACUGAAACGUGAAAUUUCUAAUUUAAUGGUAAUUUUAAGGGUUUCCAAGCUUUCUCGUGGGGGUAGAAAUAUUCAUAAAUAAAUAAAAAGAAAGUUGAAGAUAUGAAAGUUGAUUUUGUGUUAUAUAAAUUGAUCAUUACUUGAAUCAUUCAAUUUACGAAUAUGAGUUAAGGUUUCGAAAUAUGUGCUGCAUUAAAUAUUGAACGAUUUAUUCGCCCUCUAUUGGUUUUCAUAUGAAUUUGACGUACAUUUACGUCAAAAUGUUCAUCACCUCGUAUAAGACGAUAAUUUAAAUCGACUCAUAUUUUUAAGUUAAUUUCGUAAUGAGAAAGUUAUUCUACAAACUUUUACUUUUCAAUAAUUUUUUUUAUUUUUCGAAAAAAACAAAUCGAAAUUAAUUUUUUUUCACAUUUCAUAGACUAAGUAAGGUGGGUACCGUUCUUUACAAAGGUAUGGUUUUAUAAUGUUGUUUCGCCCCAUAACUUAGGUCAUACAUUAGUGUUAGAAAUUUUUGCUAUUCAUAACAAUGUUUUUUUUUUACAUUUUGGUUUCCUCAAUUUCCAUUCUCGAAUUCUCAAAGUAUUUUCGUAUAUCUCAUGCAUGUAAAAAUGUUCAUUUGACUAUUAAAGUGAUAAAACUUU